UACAAGAGUUGUUCAUAUAAGCCAGGCUGUGUUGUGUUAUUAGUCGUAUCUCUGAACGCUUUUGAAAUGUUUAAACCAAAAAAGCGUUGUUUUGUUUUAUCUUGUGGCAAGCAAGGCUAUGAUCUACCAAAAAUCAGGUCCAUGUCAAAGCAUUUUGGCAAUGGGUCGGCCUGUUCCGAAUGCCUACGACCAUUCUCCGACUGCAUUAAAGCAUAUUCUAUUCACUGUUUGAAGUCGGAAGAUGGAGAAAAACAUCAACCUCCGUCAACCACACGUGCCACCGUGGAUCCAGAUUUUCAGAGAGUGAAGGAAAAAAUACUGCAGGUCCCCCCUACUGAGGAAGAAAAAGAGGUUCACGAAGAUCUGGUUGCAACAAUGAACGAAAACCAACAGAAAAUCAUUGCCGCCCUGCAGAAGUUUGCAGAAGCAAAAGGCGGAUACUUCAUGCUGGUUGAUGACGAAUCUAACCGUCCUUCCGGACUUGACGAUUUCAUAACUGCGAUAGUACAACCUUGGGAUGAUACGGAUCUGCAGCGAGAGAAAGGACUGUUGCAUCUGCUGGCUUUGAAACCGAUGGAUUUUGACUCAGCUGGUGACAUAAGAUUUCCGCAUAAAUUUGGAGACAAGCAGAUACGGGGUGGAAUUGACUAUUACCAGCCUAACUCUAAUUGGGUAAGAGUUGGUCUACGUGUGCUGGGCAGAUAUGACGAUGGCAAUGAUGAUUGGCUCCGAAUGGAUGGAAACCCAAAUGAAUGGGCGGUGGGUUAUCAUGGGAGUUCUGAAGAAGGAACCAAAGCUAUAUCCCAAACCAGGCAGUUCCUGGUAAACGGAGAUAGACAGAAGUUUAACAGUUCUCUCGACAUGAAUGAAUUGAGUGACAAAAAAGGAGAGCCAUGUGGCAAUGGUGCAUAUUUCGCCGAUCAAAUUGAAAUCAGCGAAUACGGUUUCGCAACAUUCACUCCUGAGGAUCAUGCAUGUGUGAUUCAGGUCCGAAUUAAACCUGACAAGAUUCGAAUCCCGAGCGACGAGCCGAACUACCGCAUUUUGAACGAAGCCAAGUACAUACGACCCUACGGUUUGUGUCUGAAAAUGGGCAAUGACGAAGAAGAAGAAGAAGAAGAAGGAGAAGAAGAAGAAGGAGAAGAAGAGGAAGAAACACCAAUCGAAGAAGAAGAAGAAGGAGAAGAAGAAGAAGAGGAAGAAACACCAACCGAAGAAUCCGAACAGGAGGAAGAAUCUGACAACGAGGAAGAAUUGGAGGAAAUAAGAAAGCAAAAAGAAAGAGAAGACAGAAAAAAAAGAAAUAGAAAAAUUACAGAGAGAGUUAGAUAGGUUGAAAAGCCUAGACAACUGAUUAAAAAAUUGCCUUUCGUUUCUUAAUACUUCGAAAGUAUUACUAGCAACGUAGAAAAAAUGUUAACUUUUUUAGUAGUUAUUGAAAAAAGCUAUUGUUUAAUUUAAACUGGGUCGCACGGUAGUGAA